GUCGGUUUUUAAUACUCCGGUACUCCCGGUGACUCCCGGUAGUUGCAUGAGUGGCGCUGACCUGUCGUUGGUGUGUGUAUGCGUAUAACAGCUGUAUAGCUGAUCGAGUUCGUUGCGUUUUUGGUACGGCUGUUUCGUGCAGAGACCAAGGCGAUCAUAGGCGUCUUCUGUGAACGGAGGAGGUGGAGGAUCAUCGCGGACGGAUCAGGGCGAACGAGCGAGCGAAGAAGCGAAGAGGAGAAAGCGUGUUUCCGAAGUGCGGGUGCUAUGCCUCACCCACAAUCGGCACAGGUGCCAUCAAGAUCGGUCACCCUGCUUCGACGAUCGCGGGGAUUCGAGAUGUAGCCCCUCUUCCCCUUCACCACCCGCCUACUCCCGCUGUUCCAGUGCUCCUUACCCCGCUGAGUCCUGAGGAAAAUACACACAUACACACACACACACAUACACACAUCUCUCUCUCUCUCUCUCUCUCUCUCUCUCUCUCUCUCUCUCUCUCUCUCACAUUGUCGUCGCAACACCCUGGUCACAUCGAUGCGUCGUCACGCAACAUCAACGGGCUUUCGUGCAACAACGCUCACGGAUCUUGACCACCGCGUCGAGUCGUCUGCGACUACGUCGCUCUCCUCAUCGUCAUCGCUGUCUCUCACAACAAGUGCCUUCUCUCGACUCCUGUCGUUCGGCCGUGCGAGCCUUCCGGUCGCAGGGGAGGCGGCGUGUACGUUUCACCUGCCCCAGCGGUGAACGCGACGACGGUCUUACCUUAUGAUCGUGCGAUUUUGUCUAAUCCUGCCUGUACAUCCCGAGAUGAAUCGGUUGAUUAAAACAGAGAUGCAUUGCUGAGAACAACACGAAAAACAAAGGGAGAUUGUCGUUCGAGUGGCGAUCGGUACACAACCUAAGAGGCAAAAUGUCUCAACUGAACAUCAACACUGGAAAGCGAGGGAGAGGAGUUGCAAGUACCUCAGCGUCGUCUGUAUCCGCCAUGAGCAGCUCCACUGAUCUGGCAAGUCUUUUCGAGUGUCCUGUAUGUUUCGACUACGUGCUUCCACCUAUUCUGCAAUGUCAGAGUGGACAUUUAGUUUGCACCAAUUGCAGACCGAAGCUUUCUUGUUGCCCUACAUGCAGAGGUCCAUUGGGUAACAUUCGCAAUUUGGCUAUGGAAAAGGUGGCUAGUAAUGUAAUGUUUCCCUGCAAAUACUCCACUAGUGGCUGUACAGUUUCGCUGGUACAUACCGAGAAGGCAGAUCAUGAAGAUGCAUGUGAGUUCCGUCCAUACAGCUGUCCCUGCCCAGGUGCGUCCUGUAAAUGGCAAGGAUCGCUGGAGCAAGUGAUGCCGCAUCUUAUUAUGAGCCACAAAAGCAUUACAACUUUACAAGGCGAAGAUAUUGUUUUUUUGGCAACUGACAUUAAUCUCCCUGGAGCCGUGGAUUGGGUCAUGAUGCAAUCUUGUUUUGGCCAUCAUUUUAUGUUGGUGCUUGAGAAACAGGAGAAAUAUGAUGGACAUCAACAAUUUUUCGCGAUUGUACAAUUGAUUGGCUCCAGGAAGCAAGCAGAGAACUUCGCUUACAGACUAGAACUAAAUGGACAUAGAAGACGUCUUACAUGGGAAGCAAUGCCGCGUUCUAUUCAUGAGGGUGUGUCGUCCGCAAUUUUAAAUUCUGACUGCCUUGUAUUUGACACUUCAAUAGCACAGCUGUUUGCUGACAAUGGAAACUUAGGAAUUAACGUCACGAUUUCUAUGGCCUGAGGAAAGCCAGAAAAAGCAGUGUAAAAAGAAGACUUGAACAUAUCGAGCAGUCCUUGAGAACGGUGGGUGCGGUAAAGUAUUCGAGUGGGACUGCUCGCUAUGCAUAAAGAACAUUUCUUUUUAUGUUACCAAAUGGAUAUUAGCAAUACAGAGACAUAGGGAAUGUUGUUUCGAGUAUGUUGACGAUACGUAGCAUUUGGAUGCUCAGUAUAGAACCGUCGUUGAAAAGCUUUAAAGUAUACUUGGAUGUGAUAUUGAUAUAUCACAGAGAUAAAUGUAAUAAACAUCUUUUCUAUAUACCCAUGCUGUGACUUUGGAGCUUUGAUGCUGAGCACGAUAUCGUUUUCCGAGAAAAAGAAAGUACCUGAUAUCCGCGCUAUUGUCAUAUUACUCUUACUCAUUUCACAUCGAACUUUCAUUCAUAUCUCUUUGGGUAGAUACAACGUAUUGAGAUGCCUUUUUAUGCUGACGCUUGACGUUCAUUUUCAGCGUCAAAAUAAGUUACGUGAAAUUGACGUUUGACAUUCGUCAAUAGUUUCUAUCACGUGAUUUAUUUUGACGCCGAAAAUGAGCGUGGAGCGUUGGCAUGAAAAGGCACCUAUCCUACUGACAUCUUUUUUUGCUUGUAUUUUAAUGUCUUUCUCGACUUAGUACAGCGAAUAUUACGAAGCAAAUUUCAAGUUUGCUACGAAUAUUGUCUGUGCUAUGAAUGUAACUAGUGUACUUCAUUU